AUGUCCAACCCCUUCGACAUCAAUGGCGGUGCCUGUGUCGCCAUGGUGGGCAAGGACUGCGUCGCCAUUGCCUGCGACCUUCGCCUGGGCAUGCAGGCCUUGACUAUCUCCAACAACUUCCCCAAGAUCUUCAACUACGCUCCAUCUACCUACCUCGGCCUGACUGGUCUGGCCACCGAUGUGAACACCAUCUCUGAUCUCUUCCGCUACAAGGUCAAUAUGUACCGACUGCGCGAGGAGCGCGACAUCGCACCGCAGACCUUCGCCAACCUAGUGAGCUCAUCGCUUUACGAGAAGCGCUUCGGUCCCUACUUCGUCAGCCCCGUGCUGGCUGGUAUCAACCCAACAACGGGGAAGCCAUUCAUCUGCGGCUUUGACAGCAUUGGCUGUAUCGAUUUCGCCAAGGACUUCAUCGUUAGCGGAACAGCAAGCGACCAGCUCUUCGGUACCUGCGAGGGUCUGUGGGAGCCUGAUCUGGCCCCCGAGGAUCUCUUCGAGACAAUCUCACAAGCGCUGCUCAGUGCCGUCGACCGAGACGCUCUCUCCGGUUGGGGAGCCCAGGUUUAUAUCAUAGAGAAGGACAAGGUUACCCAGCGUCUAUUGAAGGGACGACAGGAUUAG